AAGCUGGCAGACUGGGUGAGAAGCGAGGGAUCUUCAUCUUGGGGGAGCCCUUGCCACGUCCUGCUGGAGAGCAUCUGUGACUGUCCCUGGUGUCUUGCGCUAUGGGAAGCAGGUGUCUGCCCCUGCUGUCAGGUCUCAGUGUCCUGCUAGCUCUGUCAGGGUCAGAAGCGAAGAAUUCUAAAGCUUUCUGUCCCUCAUGCCCUGAAAAGGCCAGCUGCUUCAAUGAUACCCACUGUGUUUGUAAUAAUGGGUAUGAGUCCACAUCUGGGAGGAAAUACUUUACUGAAUCUUAUGAGAAAUGUGAAGACAUUGAUGAGUGUAAGACGGGGCAGGCAAAGUGCAAGCAGACAUCAUAUUGCAGAAAUGAAAUUGGAAGCUACUACUGCAGCUGUGUCCCAGAUGUUCCUCUCUUCAAUUGGGUGGCUGGUAUCUUUAAAAUGAAUCAUGCAGAAUGUUACGAGGACACUGGUGAGAAUACACAGCCACCUGAGAACAUUUGGACAACUCUAAGGAACAAUGGAAGCAAAGAGUACAUUGCCAAAGAGGCUACCCAACGACUUGAAAGCAUAGAAUCGGCUAUAUGGAAUUACAGUUUUACUUCUCUAGGAAAGCACAAAAAUCCAGAGCUUGAUAUAGUCUAUGAAACCAAGACAUGCAAUGAGACCAGUGAGAAGACUGUUCUGGAAGCUGGCAAUAACACAAUGGAUAUUGACUGCGCUGAUGCUUUCAAAAGAACCACAAGAGCAAGAAAUGUUGCGCUAAUCACUUACGGGUCUCUUGGGGAUAUUCUGGAUGGAUCCUUUUUCAGUGACAGAAGAGGAAUAGUGGACAUAAAAAUGAACUCUCAUGUUGUGAGUGGCACCAUUGGUGUGGAGAAAAAAGUUUAUCUGUCUAAACCUGUUUUCCUGACCUUCAAACAUACACAGCCUGGUGGUGCAAGAACAAAACAGUUGUGCGUGUACUGGGAAGGAUCACAGGAGGGAGGCAGCUGGUCGACGGAGGGCUGCACUCUUGCGGGCAGCAAUGAAUCUUACACCGUAUGCAAGUGCUUCCACCUCUCCAGCUUUGCUGUCCUCGUGGCUCUUGUUCCUGAGGCAGAUCCCAUUCUGGCUGUGAUCACCUACGUGGGGCUGAGCCUCUCUCUGCUGUGCUUGCUCCUGGCGGCCCUCACCUUCCUGCUGUGCAAAGCCAUCCAGAACACCAGCACCUCCCUCCACCUGCAGCUCUGCAUCUGCCUCUUCCUGGCCCACCUGCUCUUCCUCACAGGGAUUGAUCAAACUGAGCCUGAGGUGCUGUGCUCCAUCAUCGCUGGGGUAUUGCAUUACCUCUACUUGGCUUCCUUUACCUGGAUGCUCCUCAUAGGGCUGCAACUCUUCCUCACUGUCAGGAACCUCAGGGUGGCCAACUACACCAGCGCAGGCAGAUUCAAGAAGCGCUUCAUGUACCCUUUAGGCUAUGGGAUUCCAGCUCUGAUUGUGGCUGUGUCUGCAGCAGUAGGACACAAAAAUUAUGGAACAUAUACUCACUGCUGGCUCAAGCUUGAUAAGGGGUUCAUCUGGAGCUUCAUGGGGCCAGUGGCUCUCAUUAUCUUGAUAAACUUCAUGUUCUACUUUCAAAUUCUAUGGAUUUUGAGAAAUAAACUUUCCUCCCUCAAUAAGGAGGUUUCCACCAUUCAAGAUACCAGGGUCAUGACAUUUAAAGCCAUUGCUCAGCUGUUUAUCUUGGGCUGUUCCUGGAGCCUUGGCUUUUUUAUGGUUGAUGAAGUUGGGAAGACAAUUGGAUCAGUCGUUGCCUACAUGUUCACCAUCAUCAAUGUCCUGCAGGGGGUUUUGCUCUUUGUGGUAUACUGUCUCUUUAAUCGCCAGGUGCGAAUGGAAUACAAGAAGUGGUUCAGGGGGAUGCAGAAAGGGCUUGAAAUUGAGAACACGGAGGUCUCUCGCUCUACUGCGCACACCAGAGUGGAGGAACCAGGGAAGUCAACAGAAUUCUUUCACAAAGGAGACGCUGCACCUGCCCAGCCACAGCCUGGGACUCAUCCUGUCACUGUUUUUUGACAAAAAACAGAAAACUGAGCUGCUUAUGGAUGGCACCCUGCUGUGACCACAUGUGGGUUGGACAAAUGACAUCAUCUGUAUCUUUCCUGUGAAAACCAGUCCUGUCUCCCUCCUCUGUUUUGGCUUCUAUUGCCAAACAAGAAAGUAUGAUUCACUCCAUCAGCUGACUGUGAAAUUUUGUGGUUCCCCUUGAAAAGCUGAAGUUUAGGGGGACUCUCAUGGUUUUUAAAAUCAUGCAAUUUCAAAUUUACAUGUAUAAAACUUGCAUAAAAUUAAGCCUUUUUCUGGACAGUUUGGCACAAACUAUCCAAAUUCAUGUGUAUAACCCAUUCAUUAAAAAUUCCAUUGCUAGGAAUUUAUCCCAGGGACGUGGUGAUUGGACAUGCAGAUUCAGGGUGGUGUGGACACAGGGAGGUCUGGUCAGACCACCGGGGAGGAGCAGGGAGGGGCUGUAGGAGGAGGCUCGCCAGCUUGUUGAUGCACCACGUUCCAUCCCACUGUUGCCAUGGAAACAAGGUAUUGAUCCAUCAGGACUGUUUCAGUAGUUAAUGGUAUAUCAAUAAAAUAUAAUAAAUAAAUGCAGUCAAGUUUUUAAAAUGAGGCAUAUUUUCAUGUGGGUCAUGUGGAAAAGACCAUGUGCAGUUUGGUGAAUAUAGUGUAAUAUGACAAUUGAACACACUCUGCUAGUGGGUGGCCCCCCCCUUUUUUUUCCCAAAGACCAGAAACUCAGACCUGAACCAUUCUCUCAGGCUCUUUGGGGGAGUGGAUGGGCCGAUGUACUCUGAGGCUUGGGUCCCCUGGGCUCAGCAAGAAGACAGUGGUCCCAGGCCAGGGCCCUGGUCCUGUGUGGUCUCUUUCUCUGAGGUGCCCACUGCUUCCCAAAUCCAGCUGUGCUUCUGAGGCUCAGGUCCUCACCCCCACCACCCUGCGCCCACCUCCCAGCCACUGUCUGCCCAGAGAGAUCCUUCCAGGUCAGCCCUUCUCGUCCAUGGACUUGACUCUGGAGGCCCCGGAACAGCCUCUGCUGCCCCUCUCUCAGCAAUGAUUCCUGUAUUUUGCCACGUAUAAUGCACACUGUUUUGCCCAAAUUUUUGAGGGGGGGUGCGUAUUAUACAUGGGUAGUACCUGAAAUAUCUUGUAUUUGUUCUGGUGUUUCAUAAUUAUUUGUUACAUAAAAUUUCUUGUACCAUAGUAUGUUCAAAAAUAAAGGCUAAAAUUCCU